AGGGCUAGACCAAUGGCCGCUCUCAGGGCGUGGCCAAUGAAGCAUCGCUAACAUCCAGCCAUCAUGCUAGCUGAAGUAGUCCUGUGCAACUAGCUUUGCUAACUCAUGCAAUGACAUACUGGGUUAUGUUCUCUAUGUGUAGUAUCAUUUUUUCAUGGACACUGGGAUCUAAACAACAACGUGUGUGUGAAGGCUAUUGUUUUCUUUGUCAAGAGGACCCGAUAGGACAGCUGUCUCGGUUAGCUAGCCUGUAAGCUAGCGCGGCUAACAUACUCACAUUGCCUGCCAUCACGGUCAGCACAACAGACACCAAGCCAAGUCCACAAGUCGGCGUUGGAUAUUUCUACCAUCAUGGAGAAGGCUGAUUUCUUGAAAGGACUUCCCGUCUACAAUAAGAGCAACUUCAGCAGGUUUCAUGCAGACUCCGUUUGUAAAGCAUCUAAUCGGAGGCCCUCUGUGUACCUUCCAACACGAGAAUACCCCUCUGAACAGAUUAUUGUAACAGAGAAAACCAACAUUCUCCUGCGUUACCUCCAUCAGCAGUGGGACAAAAAGAAUGCAGCAAAGAAAAGGGAACAGGAACAAGGUGAGGGGGACAGUCCGGCACCCCCAAGGAAGAUUGCAAGGACAGAUAGCCAAGAGAUGAAUGAGGACUCAUAAGUGUGUGUUUGUGUGUGUGUGUGUGUGUGUGUGUGUGUGUGUGUGUGUGUGUGUGUGUGUGUGUGUGUGUGUGUGUGUGUGUGUGUGUGUGUGUGUGUGUGUGUGUGUGGGACUGUGUGUGACUGUGUGUGACUGUGUGUGACUGUGUGUGUGACUGUGUGUGACUGUGUGUGCACAGUAUAGCCAGUAUAAACUAACAAAAACAAAGGAUAAUCCCACCUGAAUAAAUACUUCUGGCCAUUCUGCACUAUGGCAGGAUUCCUUUCCUGGCAUCACCAAUAGAUGAAAUAUGUGGAAGUAGGGAAAUACCUGUCAACAAAGCAGCCAUCUAUUGUGUAAAAAUUGUGUGCGUUAAAAUGAUGUAACCAGAAAAGAUUUGAAAACCACUGUUGGUUUAUGCUGGGUACUCUCUGUGUAAUAGUACAUGUGUUUAUGAUUGUAUGCAUGCUAAGCUGUGAGUGUGUUGUACUGUAUGCUUGAGGUGAAUGAAUAGUUGAGAAAGUGUCAGAGUUGAUGUAAGUUUAGAGAGGGACUUGACAGAUAAAGUCAGACACUACCCUUGAAAUCAGUCUCAUAACUGGUACAUGACUUGUGUAGCCUGUCACUUGGAGAGUCUGUCCUGAUUUGUGCAAAGAUAACUUUUUGUUACUGUUUUAAUUUUAUUAUAACUGUUAUUGUUUAUGUAUGGCAAUGAGCUUCCUGCCAGCCACAGUGCCCACCCUCUCAGUUUCACUGCCCACUCUGCAACCACAUGGGGGCAUUGCGACAUUUCUCCACACUGAACUAAGACUGCACUGUGAAGAACCGCACAAAGUAGAAGCAACUCUUCCAGAAUCCCCCGUAGAUGUGUGUUUAUGGUGAAUAUGCAUACCUUCAUUAUAUUCUGGGACUUGUUCUUGUAGGAUAAAUGUCGUGGUGGUGUUUCUGAGAAAUAUUUUUUACAUCUAGCACCACCUUCUGGCUAAACGAGGCUAGUGAGAGUGGGAUUUUCUGUGAGUUUUCGCUGCUCUUUCAUCAAAGGACAUAAAAGAAAAAUAAGGAAAAAGUUGAACUUGCAUACAUAGUUGUAAAUUGUAAAUUUUUAGUUGCACAACAAUGUAACAGCACAGAUAGCGAAGAAAAAUAUGUAAAGGAAUGUCUGGAAAAGGAAAAGAAAAGAAUGUUAUGAUGUGUGUAAAUAAUUGCCAGUACCAGAAUUAGUUUAUCCAAUGUUUGUGUCUGCCUUUUUGUAAAAUAAUUCAUGCCCAUGGAUACGAUAGAAAAAGGACCUUUGUGAAAGUGAAGGAAAGAGCCGCAGUGCUCGGUGGAUGUUACCUUGCCUUGCAUGUUGAUGUUUUCACGGCUGGGUAUUCUACUUCUGGACCAGUAAUAAAACUUAAGGGGUGUUGGGGCUGUGGUGUUAUCUUGUGUGACUGUGGAAGGUAUUAGCCUAGAGGCCUUACAAUCUGUCAUCAUGGUUUGGACCCUUUAGCUCCCCCAGCUCAGGGCUUGGGAUAGCUGUACUGUUCGCCCUGUCUUUGUGACAGCCCUAGAGGGUUUUUGUCCGAGAGCUGGCUUAGAUGAACACGGGGUUUAAAGGGACGUUUUAUUUUCAGCCAUAGCAUGCACAGCAAAGUGCAGUCGCCAUCCUGCCUUGUUCCUGAGCUUCAGUUUGUAUUGGUGUCAUAUACUGUACAACACUGAAUUAAGCUUUUUUUUUUAACUAUUAAAUAUCACUGCCCAGCAGAGUCACAUCGAAGCCUCCUGUCCUUCCUGUCCUUUUUUCGGUCGAUGCUGCAAUGUGGUUUGAGAGUGAGGUCAGUCAUCUUCCUACCUACAGUGUAAAUACUGUCUGUUACUUAAGCGUAAAACCACAGUAUGCUUCUGCUCGGAUAGACUAUUCUGCAACACCCUAAGCCUUGCCCCACUUCAUGUGUGUUAGAUCAUCAGAUAUGUUCUUUUUAGCUUUGCUGAAAUAAAACCGCAUUGAAACUGG